AUGGCCGACUUCACCUACCGCCUACGACCGGCCGAGCCGCAAGGGCCGAGCAUUCUGGCCUCCGAGCGGGCCGGGUCGAAUGUCCAUGUCGAGCAGCUGGCCGGGCAUCUGCUGUGGCGGAACGACUUCCUGCAGCGGCAGAAGAGAAUCGUGGCCAUCCUCGAGCGCAUCCCGAUCUUCAGCAAGAAGAACCAGCUCAACAUGGCGCGGCCGGACCGGUACCAGCUGGGGCUGGCGCGCGCAAAGAGCCUCCGGCGGCUGUCGAUCGAGCACGGCUGGGAUCGCGACGACUACCUCAUGGCCGACUACCUGGUCGACGAGAUGGGCCCGUACGCGCUGCAGACGAGCAUGUUCGCCACGUCGAUCCGCGAGCAGAGCACCGACCGCCAGCGCGCGCACUGGCUGCCCAAGCUCGAGCGCUGGGACAUCAUCGGCUGCUACGCCCAGACCGAGCUGGGCCACGGCAGCAACGUCAAGGGCAUCGAAUGCCAGGCCCGCUGGGAUGGCCACACCAAGGAGUUUGUCCUCCACAGCCCGACCGUCACCGCCAGCAAAUGGUGGAACGGCGCGCUGGGCCGCACCGCCAACCACGCCAUUGUCGUCGCCCAGCUGCUGCUGCCGGAGCCAGGGUCAGACACAGACUCAGACUCUCCGGCGGCCCAGGACAGAGGGGCAACCGGAUCCCGAUCCAGAUACAAAUCCUACGGCCCGCACCAGUUCAUUGUGCAGAUCCGCGACAUGGCCACGCACCAGCCCCUGGACGGCAUUGUGAUUGGCGACAUCGGCCCCAAGUACGGGUACCCGGCCAUGGACAACGGCUACAUGCUGUUCCACCAGUUCCGCGUGCCGCAUUCGGCCCUGCUGGCGAGAUAUUCCGGGGUCGACGCGGACAGUGGCGCGUACAUGCGGCCGCAAAACCCGGCGGUGGUGUACGGGUCGUUGACCUUUGUGCGGGCCCAGAUCGUGAUGCACGCGCGCCUGGUGCUCGCCCGGGCCGUGACCAUCGCGGUGCGCUACCUGGCCAUCCGGCGGCAGUUUGCCGACCGCGACCACAACCACGACCAGAAGACAACGCCCGGGCCGGCUCCCGAACAAGCGGUGCUCAACUACCCGACGGUGCAGAUCCGCAUCCUGCCGUUGCUGGCCACCACGUUCGCGCUGCACUACACGGGCGAGGCCAUGUACCAGCUGUACCACGGCACGCGCGAGGCGAUCGAGCGCAGCGGCGACUUUUCGCGCCUGGCCGAGAUGCACGCGGCGUCGUCGGGCCUCAAGUCGCUGUGCACCACGCUGGCCGCCGACGGCAUCGAGAUCUGCCGUCGCGCCAUGGGCGGCCACGGCUUCGGCGGCGCCAGCGGCAUGAUCGCCCUCAACAACGAGUACCUGUCCAAGCCGACCGUCGAGGGCGACAACUGGAUGAUCACCCAGCAGACCGCGGCUUAUCUGAUCAAGAGGAUGACCGCGGUGGCCCAAACCCUGGGCCUGGCCCCCAAGGACGAGCUGGACCUGCAGUUCCAGGAGUACCUGGCCGUCAACGCCAAUAGCAACACCAACGGAAACGGCGCCGGCAAUACCACUGCCACCGCCCCCACCCCCUCGACCCGCAACUUCGACAUCUUGGCGAACGACGCCGAGCUGGUGCGGGCGUUCCGGCAUCGAGCCUCGCAUCUCGCCUACCAAGCGUACCGGGCGCGCGUGGUCGAGAAGAAGCCGUGGACGAGCCUGAUGAUCAAUCUGCACCGACUCAGCCGCGCGCAUUCCGAGAGCCUGCUGGUGUCGCACUUCCACCGGGCUGUGUUCGAGUCGUCCGCCGCGGGUGCGGAUUUAGAUCUGGACGAGCCCACCUUAGACGUGAUGAGAAAGCUGUUCCGGCUCUUCGCGCUGUUUACGCUCGACGCCUCGGCCUCAGAGUUCCUGCUAUCGGGCGCCAUCUCGCUGCAGCGACUGCAGGCUGUGCUCCCGACCGUGCAGGACCUCAUGGCCCAGGUGCGCCCGCACGCCGUGCGCCUGGUCGACGCCUGGUCCGUGCCGGACUACCUCCUCGAGAGCGCGCUGGGCAGCCACGACGGCGACGUCUACAAUCGGCUCUUCCGCCGCGCCCAUCGCGACAAUCCGUUGAAUCGCUGGACUUUCAACCCGGACUGGAGGUCCGAGGAGAUCGUCAUGGGCGAAGGGGCUGAGAAUGCUAGGACGAGGCUGGACGCUUUGGCUCUAGGAUUAGACAACACGGGUUAUGAACGGUCUGGGCUGGCGACAACGACGAAGUCGAAAUUGUAG